AUGGACUACUACCCUGGCGAGAUGGCGGGCUUCUCGUCAUACCUUCGCCGCCCCGGAGCAGGCAUCUCAAAUCGACGAUUCGAUGAAUACUAUCGAUGCUACCCAGUCGUCAUGAUGCCCGGUCCUGACCGUGAACAUACAAACUUUGGCGGAAAGGUGUUUCUACCACCGAGCGCGCUUGACAAACUCACAAGGCUACACAUCACAUAUCCUAUGCUAUUCGAGUUGAUCAACGGGAAGGAAGACAAGGUGACCCAUGCUGGUGUGCUAGAGUUUAUAGCAGAGGAAGGAAAGAUUUACUUACCACAAUGGCUGAUGAACACCCUUCUCCUGGAGCCGGGAGAUCUCCUCCAAAUCAAAUCCACUGAUCUGCCACCGGGCCGCUUUGUCAAACUGCAACCUCAAUCACCGUCUUUUCUCGACAUCUCCGAUCCUAGAGCUGUUCUCGAGAACGCCUUUCGAAAUUUCGCGUGCCUCACCAAGGGCGACAUCUUCACAUUUUCUUACAACGACCAGACAUACGAUAUCGCCGUGCUAGAAAUAAAACCGGACAACGACCAGCAUGCAAUAGUGACCAUGGAAACCGAUCUCGAAGUUGACUUCGCCACACCUGUUGGGUACGAACCACCGAUAAGAACAUCAGGUACCAGCACUCCCCGUAGCGGUGCAGGCCGCCCUCCCGGCGGGCCAGUCCACUACCAAGGCACAAUGGCACAAUCCAUAAAUUACGCCGCCAUCGCCCCAAACUCCCAGACAGCCGCUGCGGGCGCCAAAGCCGUCUCAUCCAAUUUCCUGCUCGGCGGCCAAAAGCUCAAAGGUUCCAAAGCUCCCACACCGAAAGCGUCCACACCCGUGGCAGGCGCAUCAACCAACCCGGAGAAACCGCUCCCGACUCGACGGAACAACGGCCCACAACCUCUUAGGCUGCCGCCUGGCAAGCUCUUCUUCGGAUAUGAGAUCAAGCCCGUGCGGAAGAAGGCAGAGAAUGGAGAGCCAAUCCCAGAGGACGAGAAGAAGACACGCUUUCAGGGUCAGGGGCAGAAGUUGAGGGCGAGAAGGGAUGACCGGUCGGGUUCCGGCACCGGUAGCGCUGUGGGGAGCGAUGCUGAGGGGAAGCCAAAGGGAGCGAAGACGAAGGAUCAGGAUCUGGCGAGGACUUUGGGUAGGAAGGGGAGAUAA